AUGAUUUUCAACGAAGUGAAUUCGUAUUUUCAAUAUUUAAAACUUCCAUCAGAAUUUUCCUAUAAUUCAGACAGUGAAGGAAUAUUUUAUGCAAUUUACAAGCAUCCAAAAAUUACUGUUAUUGGUAAAGGAAAAUCUAAGAAAAUUGCUAAAGAAGAAGCAUGUAAAUUAUUAAAACCACAUUUACAAUCAUUUGCAAAAGAAACUUUUGGAAGUGAAAACGUGGAAAAUAAAUUAAAAAAUAUAGUAAAAACUAUAGAUAAAAACAUUGAAUACGUUCAAUGUGACAAUGAUGGAAACAAUAUUAAAGUGAAAUGUGUUGUUGGAGAACAUGAAACUUAUGGAGUAGCGACAAUUUUCGAAUUAGCGAAAAUCAAAUCAAUUAAUUCAAUGCUUAAAAUCAUAUCACAAUCUGUUUAUUGUGCUACUGAAAAAUUCAAUUGGGUAGAUAUUCUAGAUUUUCUUGAUUUAUCAUUUUUUAAAACACUUUUACAUAACAUAUGUUUAAAAAAUUCAUGGAUCUUGACAUUUGACAGUGAAAAGAUUCUUACAAAUAGACAAUAUCACACUCGUUGUAAUAUUAAGUCUACUAAACAAAAUGAUUUUUCAUUACCAUCAGUUGAAGAUAUUACACACACUUCUGAAAGUAAAUCAUCUGGAGAAAAUUUCAUUGCUAAAGAAAUAUGUUUGAAAUAUUUUAGAGAUUACAAUGAUAAUAUAAAUACAUUACUAAAAAAUCAAUUAGAACAAUAUAUAAAAAAAUUUUAUGAUGAUGAGAAAUUGGAUUAUGAUAUACAACAAAUAUCUUUUAAACCACCAAUAUUUCAAUGUUUUUGUAAAUUUUCAAAAUUAGUUACAGAGGGUAUUCAUAGUAAAAAAAAAGAAGCUCAAGGAAUAGCAGCAUCAAAAAUGUUUCAAAAAUUAUGUUGUAAAAAUUUUAAUAAUAAUUUAUCGAACAAAAAAGUUACAAAAAUUAUGCCAAUUAUGAAUUCAAUAAAGAGUAUUAAAGAUAUUGUUAAUUCAGAAGAAGUAGAUCUUUCAAUUGAUUUUAAUUCUAUCAAAAAUACAAUUUUAAAUUACCAUUCAGAUUUAAAAAAUGUCUCAACUAAGGAUUAUAUAAUAUAUAAAUCUAACGUUACAAAUUACAUUUUUAUCUUCAAAUAUUUUUUCUUGAUACCUGAUUCUGAUAUACAAAAUUGUGGAAGAUCAUUUGGUGUUGGACCUACGAAAGAAAAUGCCAUUCAACAAGGAUGCUGUAAUUUACUUACCGCUAUCACAAUGAAAAAAAGUGGUACUUUUCAAAAGUUCAUUGCAAGAUAA